GGGAUCCCUCCGCCGCCAGCGCGUGGUCCCGGCCCCCUCCACCCGCUGUCUCGGCCGCGGCCAGCAGCCCCUGCCCCCCGGGGGACGCUGACGGCCGCCGGGCGCGCCGCCCUAGCAGACGGACAGGGGGCGCUGCGCCCGGCCUGGGGCAACCCGGGCCACAGGGGCAAGAAAGUGAGGGCCCAGGUCGGCCCGGGCGUGCAGGGGCCCCGGGUUCGCAGCGGCGGCCGCGGCCGCGAGAGCCGCACCAGCAGUAGCAGCAGCGCGAGUGCCGGGUUGAGCCGAGAAGCCCAUGGCGGCGGCGGCGGCGGCCCCGAUUCCUCGCUGACUGUCCGUCCGCCCUCCUGCAUUGAGCGCCAUGUUACCGAGCCAAGCUGGGGCCGCGGCGGCUCUGGGCCGGGGCUCAGCCCUGGGGGGCAGCCUGAACCGGACCCCGACGGGGCGGCCGGGCGGCGGCGGCGGGACUCGCGGAGCUAACGGGGGCCGGGUCCCCGGGAACGGCACGGGGCUUGCACCGGGCCGUCUGGAGCGAGAGGCUGCGGCAGCGGCAGCAACCACCCCGGCGCCCACCGCGGGGGCCCUCUACAGCGGCAGCGAGGGCGACUCCGAGUCGGGCGAGGAGGAGGAGCUGGGCGCCGAGCGGCGCGGCCUGAAGCGGAGCCUGAGCGAGAUGGAACUCGGCGUGGUGGUCGGUGGGCCCGAGGCGUCGGCAGCGGCCACCGGGGGCUACGGGCCGGUGAGCGGCGCGGUGAGCGGGGCCAAGCCGGGGAAGAAGACCCGGGGCCGCGUGAAGAUCAAGAUGGAGUUCAUCGACAACAAGCUGCGGCGCUACACGACCUUCAGCAAGAGGAAGACAGGCAUCAUGAAGAAGGCCUAUGAACUGUCCACGCUGACAGGAACACAGGUGCUGUUGCUGGUGGCCAGUGAGACAGGCCAUGUGUAUACCUUUGCUACCCGCAAACUACAGCCCAUGAUCACCAGUGAGACCGGCAAGGCACUGAUUCAGACCUGCCUCAACUCGCCAGACUCUCCACCCCGCUCAGACCCCACCACAGACCAGAGAAUGAGCGCCACUGGUUUUGAAGAGACAGAUCUCACCUACCAGGUGUCGGAGUCUGACAGCAGUGGGGAGACCAAGGACACACUGAAGCCAGCGUUCACAGUCACCAACCUGCCCGGUACCACCUCUACCAUCCAAACAGCCCCUAGCACCUCCACCACCAUGCAAGUCAGCAGUGGUCCCUCCUUCCCCAUCACCAACUACCUGGCACCAGUGUCUGCUAGUGUCAGCCCCAGCGCUGUCAGCAGUGCCAACGGGACUGUGCUGAAGAGUACAGGCAGUGGCCCUGUCUCCUCUGGGGGCCUUAUGCAGCUGCCUACCAGUUUCACCCUCAUGCCUGGUGGGGCAGUGGCCCAGCAAGUCCCUGUGCAGGCCAUUCAGGUGCACCAGGCGCCACAGCAAGCGUCUCCCUCUCGUGACAGCAGCACAGACCUCACACAGACCUCCUCCAGUGGGACAGUGACGUUGCCUGCCACCAUCAUGACGUCAUCCGUGCCCACAACAGUGGGCGGUCACAUGAUGUACCCUAGCCCCCAUGCGGUGAUGUAUGCUCCCACGUCAGGCCUGGCUGAUGGCAGCCUCACCGUGCUCAAUGCCUUCUCUCAGGCACCAUCCACCAUGCAGGUGUCCCACAGCCAGGUCCAGGAGCAAGGUGGCGUCCCCCAGGUGUUCCUGACCGCACCGUCUGGCACAGUGCAGAUUCCUGUCUCUGCAGUCCAGCUUCACCAGAUGGCUGUGAUAGGACAGCAGACCGGGAGCAGCAGCAACCUCACUGAGCUACAGGUGGUGAACCUGGACGCCGCCCACAGCACCAAGAGUGAAUGAUCCGUCCGCCACCCUGGACAGAUGGCCCACGGGAUGGCACCACUUAUUUAUUGUUGCCUUUUCACGUUUUCUUUACACACAUGUUGACGGGCCACAGGAGGGAGGCGGGAGAAGGAGUGGGCAGCUACAGGACUAUGCCCUCUCACUCCAGCCAAAGAAAUGGGCCUGCCUGCCUUCCCUCUCCGUCCUCCCUCACCCUCCUCCCCUCCUUCCUGCUCUGCCUCCCAUUUCUAUUGAUGGUGGGGCUCUCCUCCCCUCCCCCCCCAAAACUCCCUGUGCCAGCUUGGCUCGAUGUUUGCCAUGAGUAUUAACUUACCCAACAGGACGGUGCCCCCCACACCCCGUUCCCACUCGCAGACCUUCUGUGGGACUGGGCACUGUGUCCUCCCCUGAGGAAGCAGUUUAGGGCCCUCUGUCCAGCCUCCUUGCUGACCCCAUGUCAGUACUAUGUCUGCCACAGGCUUGGUCAAAAGAGCUCUGCCCUUGCCCCUCAGGGAGCCAGCUGGGGAGAUGGGAGCUUCUUCCCUCCCGCCGCCUCCCUCUGCCCUUUCAGCUCCUGAGGAGCUGGGCCUGCGCACUGGGCAGGUUCCUGGGGCCACCUGCCCUGCUUUGCCACUCCCAUGGACCUCCAGGGGCUCUGGGGUUGGAGGAAACCACCAGCGUUCCCUUCUCCCCCUCGUCUUCCCCCCUCUCCUCCCAGCUGCUUUAAAGUUGAUUUUGAACUUUUUAUUUGAGGAGACGAAGUGAAAACAAAUCUAUAAAUAUAUAUUUUUAAAAUA